GAGGGUUAAAAUCUCUCCUAAAACAAUUAUUAUUUUUUGUUUCUCAAUUAGGUAGAGGUUAUUGUUUUUUAAACAAAGACUUAAAAUGUUUUAAGGUACAUAUACGUGAACUAUACGCGUGUCUGGCUAUCGGAUUGGUUUUAGAAAUAAUAUCUGGACCUCAAAAAGAGCAAAGGUGGGCAUCACUGGUCUAGAUGGUAAACUGUGGUUUCAGUUGGGCCCGUGUCAUUUAAAAUAGUGAAAAUUGAUCAAAUCUUGCAAAAUGUUUAUUAGGUAUUAUUAUUACAGCGAGCGGCGAGCUUCGGAAUGUUCUGCGACUGAUCGGAGGUCAUUGAAUCUAAGGCUUCAUAGAGUGGGUACUUUGAGUGUGUGGGUCAUUUGUGACCACUAUGAUUUUUCAUAUUUCCAUCUUUGGCUACUUGGAAGUAUCUUUCAGUUGAGUCAUAAGCUCUCCAUUGCAACAUCAUUUUUUACCGCUCGUAGUGUUUAGUUCGCGAGUGAUCUGUAUCGGACGUGGCGCUCCAGUCUUGUGUGGUAACGUGAUCUGCAAUACCGUUGUUUCGAAUCGUCGUCGAGCGGAAUGCGAACUUUCAGACCCCCCGUGUCACACACUAUGCGUUUCUGCCGCCACGGCAGAGCCUAUCGGGUUUCACGCGGUUCUGAUUUCACAUGGUUUUUUUUGAAACGAUGGCCGUGUACACAACGUGCGGAUCCGCCGCAGUCACCGGACACUGUCGCGUCGUGUUGCGGCGCUCCCUGAACGCCGGGAUGGCCGGAGAUAAGCUGCGACGACUCUAGUCAGUAGUCAGUUGUACGCUGUCGCACUGUGCGGUUUGUGGGAGUUGUUGUUGUACCUUUCCCCGGAUCAUCUGUAAAAAAAAAAAAAUGUUCGACAUGGAUAAGUUUAUUGAGUGUAUCCACGGGAAACCAGCGCUUUGGGAAAAGCGGGCCAAAGAGUAUUUCGAUAAAAAUUGCCGCGAGAGAUCGUGGGACGAAGUCGGAGAAACCAUGUACGAGACCUGGCUUGAUUUGGAGCCAGCAGAAAGAGAAGAGAAAGUGAAAGAGAUGAAAAACAAGUGGCGACGUAUAAGGGAUAAUUUCCACAAGUUUUUAAACCAAGGAAAGAGCUGCGAUGCUGCCCCCAAGAAGAAGAAGAAGUAUAUAUACGCGGACGCUCUUCAGUUCCUGUUGGAUUCAAUGGAAGAAAGAACAACAAUGGGAAACGUCACCGAGAAUGAAGACGAUGACGACUGGGAGGAGAAACUUGAAGAAGACGAGGAUGGGCUCCCAGCAGCUAUCAGCAACGGACCUUGCACCAGCUUCAAACCGGAGGAAAGUCUGGGCGCUGACCUCCGACAACGCGGAACUCCCAACCUCGCGCCGUUCCAGAAGAAAAUCCCCCAGAGUUCGAUGGAAGAGGAGGACGCGGACAAGUUAUUCCUCAUGUCUCUCCUUUCCGACUGCAGGAAACUUGACGACGACGAAAAAUUGGAUUUCAAGUUCGUGACGCUCCAAUUCUUUCGGGACGUCCAACGGAAAAAAAAUUCUCGCGUCCCGCCGCCCCAGCAAUCGCAGAGCCCUUCAGUUCACUUGCUGCCUCCCGUAAACGCCUUCAAUCAGUUCGCUCCCAUGAAUCCUUUGUAUCAGUUCCAAAGAGUGGUCCCGAUGCAAGCACCGUGUCCUUACGUGGUGCCGUCCGCUGUGCUUCGCAACGCAACUGCUGCAACGUCCCCGCAGAACCCUGCCAAGAAGUGACUCGUCGCAUAUUCUCAGCUGUCCGAGCCGUCUGCCAACGAGUUUUAUGUUGUGCUAAAAACACCAGGAACAAUACCCUCUCGUCUAAUCAAAAUAAAAAUAAAAAUUGUGUAGUUAAUUUUAAUCAUAAUACAGUACUUUUAAAAAAGACAUUCGAUAAGUCAUUAUUGGAUUUUUGGGAAGUGAUAUUAGAAGAAUUGUUAUUCUUUAUUUAAAAUGACUAGUAAAAUAAUUACUCACAGUUACGAAUACUAGGGACAAUUUCGGCUGAAUUAGAGAUUAAAAAAAUAGUAUUAGUGUAUACAGUAAUAUAGUACUUAAAAACAUUCUAAAGCAGUCUUUUAAGAAGUGAUAUUAACAGACUUAUUUUUUUUAUUUAAAAUUACAAAAAAAAAAACAUUAGUUUUAGUUAUGAAACAAUGUAUUACAACUUUUCUGAAUACAUUUCUCACUUAAGAUGUAUUAUUACUAUUCCUUACGUUAUUUCAUUCCAGAAAGUAGCUUUUUCUUAAGUGGUGUAUUGACUGAGUAAUUAAACCGGUUCAUCACACUUUUUUUGGACAUCCUGUAAACUGAAAAAAAAAGUUCUGAUACAUUGAAAUAUUUUGAUAAAACGUCUUAAAUGUUAAUUUUUUAUUAUUUGUUUAAGUAUGAACAUAUGCCCGACGAUGCAUAGGCGCAUUAGUGUCUUUCGCGCUUGGAUCGCAGAUCAGAGCAAAUGGCGAUGUCAGACUGUGUAACUGCCCAACGUGUUAUCAUUAACAUAUUUUUUGUGUACCAUCUUUAUUUUUAAUAAGUUUUAAUUUAUUUAUAUUAAAAUUUUACUUGUUAAUGUUUUAAUCCAUUAAUUAGUGUAUUUUGACAAUAUUCUCACAGUUGUAGUCAUUCUACUAAAAAGAAUUCAAUGCUGAACAUCAAUUAUUUAUUCACAGGAGAAGCUAUUUGUAGCAGUCGGUCACUUGUAAUAACAAGGCAUUCCAUAAAAUUAUGUGAUGUGUUUGAAAAAAGCAAAAAAAGAAAAAAGAUUUGAUAUUAAAUGUCAUAAAAAUGUUUGCAGAAUAAAUUGAAACCAAGAAAAAAGAAAUUUAAAAAAAAGGAUUAGUAUCAGAUGAUAUUAAUUAAAUACAACAGGGAAAUGUUUUCCCCAAAAUUCACAUUCUAAAUGUUAAUUUACAAAGUACACGUUCCAUUACAUUACAGAGUUGUGUGUAAAACUGUGUGUUCAGCCGGCCAUUUCUCGCGUCUUGAGUUUCUUUCCGGAAGUGUUCUUGCGGGGUAGGUGUGGUCGUCGAGGACCCCGGAUGUGUUGGCUUAGCGCUGCUACUCUAACAUCUGCUGGAGGAGUCAUUAACACGGGUGCCUGCGCCUCUCCUUCGUUAGUCCUUACCUUGACGCGAGGUUUUUGGAGUUCGUCGUAGCACCUCACUUAAAAUAUACAAGAGUAUUCCCUGGGAAAACAUACAGUAUGCAGAGCUUCAGAAAAAAAAAAACAACACACGAUUUAUAACCUGCUCAAGAUAUCAGUCUUCUUUUGUGUGUUUACGAAAAGCAUUUACUUAAAGAAUACCCUGAGGGCGGGUAACUUCAGUUUCCCUAAUUGUUUUUUUUAUAAGAAUUGAAAGUGGCUGAAAUGAGUGUUUUCUAAAUAGUGUUAUUUAGGCAUGAAACGCUGGUACAGAAUCUUGAAAGUA